AUAUGUGAACAGGAAGUGGCGACGUUGUGUUCCCUGCUGCUAGUGUUUUUGUCCUUUGGAAGAAAAAAAGAGCAAAGAAGCUAGCCCGAUCGUAAAACACGGAAUUGUUUUGCUGUUCUGUUUAGGGACCAAAAUGAAACACAACGCUAAUGUUCCUGCAUUCCUCACCAAGCUGUGGACUCUGGUGGAAGAUUCCGACACCAAUGAAUUCAUUUGCUGGAGUCAGGAGGGUAACAGUUUCCUUGUGCUGGAUGAGCAACGGUUCGCGAAAGAAAUCCUGCCAAAGUUUUUUAAGCACAAUAACAUGGCCAGUUUUGUCCGACAGCUCAACAUGUAUGGCUUUCGGAAGGUGAUGCACAUUGACACUGGCAUAGUGAAGCAAGAGCGGGACGGACCAGUCGAAUUCCAGCAUCCUUACUUUCGGAAUGGUCGAGAUGAUUUACUGGAGAACAUAAAGAGAAAGGUGUCCAACACCAGACCAGAAGACAGCAAACUGAGGCAAGAGGAUCUAUCUAAAAUUCUCACCAGCGUCCAAACUGUGCACGACAGACAGGAAAACAUGGAUGCCAGGCUUGCCACUUUGAAACGUGAGAACGAGGCUCUGUGGAGAGAGAUGUCCGAUCUGAGGAAGAAGCAUGUGCAACAGCAACAUGCUAUAAAAGAGCUUGUGCAGUUCAUCCUCACUCUGGUCCAGAGUAACCGUGUGCUGAACUUAAAACGCAAGAGGCCUCUGCUACUGAGCAGUACAGGAAAGAAGUCAAAAUUCAUUUCCCAGAUCUACGAAGAACCAGUGGACCACAGCAACUCAGCAGUCAGUGGUUUGACGAACAGCUCUGACAUUAACGAUGAUGUCAUCAUCUGUGACAUCACGAACGAAGACGAAGAAUUCACAGUGGACUCAACAAGAGUGGUAGAUGAGGGGGAUGUUGAAUUAAUUGAGGUAGACUGUGACAACAGCAAGACCACGGAAAAGCCGAGCACAAACGGACAGAGCUCCACAGACACUACGGUUCGAGCUGAAGGAGAAACAUCUGUCAGCAUCCAGCCGACCUGCAGCGCCUUGCAGUUAAAGAAUUGUUCAACCCUGAGUCAAGAGGACCCUAUGAAGAUGAUGGACUCCAUCCUUAAUGAGAGCGGAACCAUUUCUCAAAACAUUAAUCUUUUGGGCAAAUUUGAGCUGAUGGACUACUUGGACAGUAUCGACUGCAGCUUGGAAGACUUUCAGGCCAUGCUGUAUGGAAAGCAGUUCUCUUCUGAGGUUUGUGAAGAUUCUACGAAGACCAUGAAUGAAAAUUCCAAGCCAAGAACUAAAGGGAUAAUUGUUUCCGUUUCAGAUAAACAGUUGAUUCAGUACACCAGCUGUCCCCUGCAGGCCUUCCUCGACGGCUGCAGUCCUCUCCCUUCAGUUGCAGAGCCACAGCCUGAGGAUCUAAACCAGGCUUCAGUGAAGCAGAACACAGACGACACUGUGGACCUCCUGCAGUCGUCUCUGCAAGCAGAAGAGCCUUCACGCAGCUCAAUGAUCCGCCUGGAGCCCCUUACUGAGGCCGAGGCAAGUGAGACUACGCUCUUCUACCUGUGUGAACUGGACUCAGACCUGCCUCCCGCUGACCCACCACAGCUCAACAUUUAAUGUUGGAGGGAAACAAAACAAAAAAGGACCAGACCAGGACUUUACUCUUUUUUUGUACAUAUUCAUCAAAACGAUUAUGUAUUUAUUUUAUGCAUUUCUUUUAAAUGCACUUCAUGUCGCAUUGAAUUGUGACAUUCCCAUAUGUUGUCAUGUCUGGCUUUUUAAUCUUGUUCACCGUUUUCAGGGUUACGUUGUAGCCAGUCUGUUACAUUAGAUUGUAUUUUUUCUUUUUUUGUGUUUUCUUUUUUUUUUUUUUCUCAUGUUAAGUUCCUUGAUCAUGAGAUUGGUUUGGGUGGGUUUCAGUCAUGUGACAUGCUAUAGAAGUGCCUGUGCUCAGAUCUCUGUACAUAACAGUACUCGUUAGCUCAAUAAUGUUCUGAAAGUACAGUGAUUUGCCUUUCUCUAUAUGCUUUUGUCAAUAGCUCAAGCUUGAUAAUGGUAUUAAAAAAGUUGCAAGGCA